CGUUGGGGAAAAUGGCGGGGCGAAGAGGCGACUGUUCAAACACAAAAACACACGUUUACGGUUCAGUCGGUCCUUCAGCAGUCACCUGUUAGUGUUCUCUUUAAGGACUUAAAAUACGUCCAAACACCGCGUUAUUCUCUCCCUCUUGUCGGUGAGGAGCUUCCGCCCUCAGGAUGGAUGUUUCUCAACAUGAUGACGGAGUUUUGAAGAUUUCAGAGAAACUGGAAAAGUCUUUAAGCAUGGAUCAAGAUGAUCAGAUGGAAGCCUACCAAAGGUUCAUUCAGGACGCUAAAGAUGUUGCCAGACAAGGGGACAUGUGCAAAGCGCUGGAGCUCUUCAAAAUGGCGUAUAAAAUCCGACAGAGUCAAAAACUUGAAAGCAGGAUAAAGAAAAUUGAAGAACUUAUUUCUCAGGAUGAAUCUGAGGACGAGGAAGAGUUUGUCAACGUAAACAACAGUGGAUUGAUGCUGUUCAAAGAGCUACACGACAAGCUUUACGACUACCAGAGAAACGGAGUGGCCUUCUUGUACAGUCUCUACAGAGACGGGCGUAAAGGGGGGAUCUUGGCUGACGACAUGGGCCUUGGUAAAACCAUUCAGGUGAUAUCGUUCCUCUCUGGAAUGUACGACCAAGAGCUGGUCAAAAGCGCACUGCUGGUCAUGCCGACUUCACUCAUCACAAACUGGACCAAAGAGUUCGCCAAAUGGACUCCUGGGAUGAGGGUCAAAGACUUUCAUGGAACCAGCAAAGCAGAGAGGAACAGGAAUUUGGAGAAAGUUCAGCGGAGAGGCGGCGUCAUCAUCACAACUUACACCAUGCUUAUGAACAACUGGCAGCAGUUGUCAUCACACAACGGAAGAGAGUUCACAUGGGACUAUGUGAUCCUGGAUGAGGCACACAAGAUAAAAACAUCAACCACCAAGACAGCCAAAAGUGCCUCCGCCAUACCUUCCAAAAACCGACUUCUUCUCACAGGGACUCCAGUCCAGAACAACCUGAAAGAACUGUGGGCGCUCUUUGACUAUGCUUGUCAGGGCACUCUGCUUGGCACGGCCAAGACAUUCAAAACAGAGUAUGAGAACCCAAUCACCCGCGCCAGAGAGAAAGACGCCACUCCAGGGGAAAAAGUCCUCGGGUCUCGGAUGUCUGAGACUCUCAUGGCCAUCAUAAAACCCUACUUCCUCCGCAGAACAAAAGCUGAAGUGCAGAAAGACAAAAUGAAUGGCAAACAAACAUGCAAAGAGGAAAAUUCCGACAACAAGGAGAGUCCAGACCUUCCCUCUUCAAAAGUUUCUGGAGCAGUCAUGCCCGAUCUGACGAGAAAGAACGACCUGAUUGUCUGGACUUUCUUGAGUUCUGUUCAGGAAGACAUAUACAGGCAGUUCAUUUCUCUGGACCACAUCAAGGAGCUGCUCAUGACCACCAGAUCACCUCUGGCUGAAUUGACCAUUAUGAAAAAACUCUGCGACCAUCCGAGACUGCUCUCUGCUGCCGCCAUUUCCAAGUUAGGCUUGGAGGACAACAUGUCUGAGGGUCAGCAGAACGACGACACGGAGACAGACCCUAACAGCAUUGCUAACGUUCCUGACGACACUCUAAUAUCCGAGUCGGGGAAACUCGUCUUUCUGUUUGCACUCCUUGAACAGCUCAGAAAUGAAGGCCACCGCACGCUCGUCUUUGCUCAUUACAGGAAGGUUCUUGACAUCAUUGAACGCAUCCUGGGAAAUAGAGGCUUCAAAGUUCUAAGACUGGAUGGGACCAUCACACAUGUCGCAGAAAGAGAGAGGCGCAUCACGCUGUUCCAGACCGACAAACGUUACACUGUCUUCCUCCUCACCACCCAGGUCGGAGGAGUGGGCAUCACUUUGACGGCAGCCGACAGAGUUGUGAUAUACGAUCCCAGCUGGAACCCGGCAACAGACGCCCAGGCCGUCGACAGGGCAUACCGCAUCGGCCAGACUGAAAACGUAGUCAUCUACAGGCUGAUCACGUGCGGCACUGUGGAGGAGAAGAUCUACAGGAGGCAGGUUUUCAAAGACUCCCUCAUCAGGCAGAAUACCGGAGACAAAAAGAACCCUUUUCGGUACUUCAGCAAACAGGAGCUGAAGGAGCUCUUCACUCUUGAGGACACGCAUUCCUCCUCCACGCAGAUUCAGCUUCAGGCCCUGCACUCCAGACACAGACGGACCGACCCCGAACUGGACGAGCACAUCGCCCACCUCUACUCCAUGGAGAUGUUUGGGAUCUCCGACCACGACCUCAUGUUCUCCCUCGACAUGAACCACGAUGAAGCGCCAGAAGGUGAAGAGGCGAACUACAUCGAAGGGAGGGUGCAGAAGGCCCAGGAGCUGAUGAAGGCUGAAUCAGAGCUUCAAAUGCAGCUGGCGGAGAAUAUGGCGUCGAGCACAGAGCCAGCAUGGCUCAGACAACCAGCGGACAACAACAACAGAGAGCGGUCUCAGGAGAAAAAACAGAGAAUUUCAAGACCAAGUCCCUCCUUACCGCAAAAUGACAUCAACUUUAACAGAUCACCAGUUGUGGUGGAGUUGGACCAGUCAAGUUCUGGCAAAGAGGAGGACACCCCAAAGAGUCUGAAUCACCGAGUUAUUGAUCUGACUGCAGAUGAGAGUAUGACAGAACAACCUGUUGAAGAAAUUAGCCAAGACAGCGUUCCCCAGCAGGACCUGAAUUCUUCAAACCACCGACCUGCAAAACAGGAGAAGAGUUACCUAGACGUAUCAGACGCUUCUCCUCAGGGGCUGAUCGAUCAGUCUCUGGUGAUGUCGGACGCCACUGAGGCUGUUGAAGCCUCAAUUCACGAACCAAUGGACCAAUCUGAGGCUGCAGCUGGUUCAGCAGGUGAUGGUAGUCCUUCUUAUGUGACUGCAGAUGAUGAACCGCUUAAUGAAACAGCAAACUCAAAAAACGACUCCAAGAUGGACUUUGCUUUUCCACGUGUCACACCUCUGCAGAACAAAAGACUCUCUGUGUUGCAGACAUCCAACACAAGUUUCAAAGCAAACACCUCGUCCAGAGUCAGCAGUGGGCUCGACUCCUUCGAAGGCAACUUCAAUCUGCAGCUCGAGGACAGUGACAUGUCAGAUCAAGAAGCCCCGGACCAUCAGGAGACCGAAGCAGAGGAGAGGAAGCUGCUGUCACAGCUGCAGAUGGAGGGGAGUUUUGAUGUGAAUAAAUCUCUUUCUGAGAGACAUCAUAAAGAAGCACUUGAGCAAAGCCUCAACAGCACAAGAGACUCAGAAAUGGCCGAUUCAAUGAACAUUUCCAUUGUAGUUACCAAGAAGAAAAAAGCAGCAGUGAUUUAUGACAGUGAAGAAGACGGUGACGAUGACGAAAGGCAGGAAGAAAAGAGCCAACUGAAUCUUUCCAUGUUUGAAUCAGCACCCAGCAGCUCCACCCCUCUGCGGUCAAGAAAGAGCGUGGGAUUAAACACGUCUGUGGCUUCGCGCCGGUCCCUCCACCAGUCCAUCAUCGAGGACAUUGAUGACCUACAGUCGGACAUGGGGGAUGACGCUGAGGUGUCAGAGAGUCGUUCUGAUGAAGCUGAAGAGGAGGACAUCAUCGGGUUGACUGAUGAUGGGCUUCAACUGGAGGAGACUGUUGGAGAGACAUUAAACACAGAGGGAGAGGAGGGAGACGAGGAAGUAGAGGAGGAGGAAGUAGAUGAGGAGGAAGUAGAGGAGGAGGAAGUAGAUGAGGAGGAAGUAGAGGAGGAAAUGGAAGAGGAGGAGGAGGAGACAACCCCAAAUUCAGAAGAGGAAAUGAGCAGCAGCCUGGAGGAAUCAACCGGCGAUGCAGAGUUGGAGUCCUCUGAGGGAAUUGAUCAGUGCACCGUGGAUUCAGGAGUCAAGACAGACGACGCUCAACACAUCAUCAAGUUUGAGAAGGAGAGCUACGAGUCUCUGGUCAGCAGAGGGAAGGAGAACUACAACAGAGGGACCCUGGACGAAGCUCUGGACUGUUUCCUCAGAGCAAUCGACAUCAAACCUGGAGAUCCUGAAAUCCAGCUCAUGACCAUCCAACUGUACCGGAAGCUGAGUCAGAGAAGUUAACAUCGAUCCAGAACAAUCCUGAGACAGAUACAAACCUCUACCACAAGCUGAAAUAAGACCUGCUUGCUGGAAAAUAUUGUUACAAUGAACAAAGAGGGACACACUGACUGUUUAACAACUCUGAUAUGCACAAGAAAAACAAUGAUUUGUUAGAUUUUCAUCUAACUUUCGUCUUUCAAAAAAAAAAAAAAACACCCCUCUUACAUUCUCUGUUGCCCUUGGCAAAAAAAUUCCUGCAAGUAUGUGUUCGCAAAGUAGACAUGGUAUAAAAAUAUCAAAUUGCAUGAUUUGUAUCUGAUUGUGGUUACACGGUUCAGGGGUUUUCAAAGUCAUUUGGAAGCAAACUUUAAGUAUUUUGAUUUUUGAGAAUCAACAAGAGCUUAUUUUCAUUUUGAUUUCUUUCUGGGCUUUUUGUCUUUAUUUGGAUAGGACAGUGGAUAGUGUUGGAAAUCUGGGAGAUAGAGAAGGUGGGGAAGGAACCACAGGUCACCAUGUGGCUCAUGUGUUUGUACAACAGUUUCUUCUCUACAGCUCAGGGGGAAUCAUUCAGUGAUACAAACACAGAACAUCUCUUCAGGUUCUUUCACUGUCGGUUUGAGUCUGACCAUGAGAAGGAAGGCGCAUGGGCCUAGCAGUUAGGACGCGCCCCCUGAACCAAGACGAGAGUCCUCCAAACGGACAGCCCUCUCUCUCCUGUGCACAGGUUCUGAGGUUUAUUUCCUAAUGGUUAGAGUUCAAACACGAGAAGGAAUGUGUAAAAUAGCAUCGCUUGUACGUCCUUCACUUUGUGUUUCACAGAGCGUUUCAGAACGUUUAAUGUAACUUUUUUUUGUGUUCUUUCCUGGUAAUUCUGCUUCAAAAUCAGCUCUCCUUCAUUUAAACUUGACCGUGUUGAAGUGCACUCUUGAUCUGAUUGUCAGUAGAAGUCUUAAUUAUCUGAACCUUUGCACAGAAUAACAUUCAAAGGUCAAAAAGCUCGGGCAACACGUGAAGUAUGAAGAGUUUUAUCAGACUGAUGUGUUUCAGUUAAAGUUAACUAAGUUAAUAAAGUUAAAGAUCUUCAUACUUCAAGUGCUGCUGGAGCGUUUUGACCUCUUCAAGCCUUUCUCUCUCCGUGCACCGUGGUAGGUGGUGAAGCUGUGGCAGAAAAUCUGACUGCUUCUCAACAAAAUACAAUUUAGAAACCUAGAAAGUGGGGAAUGAAAUCUUGUGGUGUUGAAGGUAUUUCUCAAAGUAUUGGUAGUUUGCUUCAGUUUGUGUAACAUUGCUGCUAAACGUCUGUAUCAUAUUUCUGUGUUGUGUUUUAAAUGAUAGUUCAAAAAUAACAGCAGCUCUUCUCCUGGGUUAAGGUUUAACUUUGUAUAAACAGACCCUGGAUUCAUAUUUACUUCACUCUUGUUGAAUAAAAUGAGCACCUUUUAUAAUAAUCUGUAAUUAAACAAAAGUCACAGACUUCA